GGUCCAUGAGGGGAACGAUAUUCCCUGUGACACCGGGAGGCGGGUCUAGCUAGCACGGCCACGGUGACUUGUGACUUCAAUUUAUUAGAAAACCUUUCAUUUUUCACAUACCAACAUGAGCGGCUUCACGCAUCCCAACGCUACCACCACCCCGCAUGUUGUGAAGGAAGAGGCCAUGGCCGAAGGGAAAUGGGUCAAACUUGACAAGACCACAUACAUGGACCCCGCUGGAAACACAAGAACCUGGGAAAGUGUCAAAAGGACAACCAGACCACUCAACACUGAGGCGGAUGGCGUUGGGAUAAUUGCAAUUCUGAAAAGGACCCUCCACAAAGACUGCCUUGUCAUGGUAAAGCAGUUUCGCCCACCACUGGGAUGCUGUUCCCUGGAAUUCCCCGCAGGGCUGAUCGACCAGGGGGAGGGGGCGAAGGAGGCGGCGGUGCGGGAGCUGAAGGAGGAGACGGGUUACAUGGGGGAGGUGGUGGGAGUCACACCAGUGACCUGUCUGGAUCCCGGCUUGUCCAACUGCACCACCAACAUCGUCACGGUGAUAAUCAACGGAGACGACGGCGAGAACAUCCACCCCAAACAGCAGCUGGGUGAUGGAGAAUUCGUCGAAGUCAUCCUCGUGCCUCUGGCUGAGUUCCAGACCAAAAUAGAUGAGAUGCUGAAGAAGGAGAAGAUCGUGGUGGAUACUAAGGUUUACCUCUACGCCAUGGGGAUGGUGCAGGCCUUCUUCAAGCCCAACGAGCUGCCAGUACUCAAGCAGUGAGAUAACGAGGAGACGAACGAGUUUUGAGGAGACGAGGCUAUAGGAAGAACGAGAGAGAGAUUGUUGCAGCCUUUCGUGGAUACGCAAUCUAUGGAUCACUCGGUCAACAUGGAGCACUAGUCGAUUAGGUAACUCGUUUGAAGUGCUCAGGUUGUAGGUUUUUAAAACUGUUAGCUUGUUCAUCGGUUGUGGUUGAUAUAGUCUCUAAUAUUAAAGUAUUGCUGUGCACCUUAUGUCAUUAAUAAUGUCCCCUGCCGUUUUUAGAACCCGAACUGCUACCCACCCUUUACAUAUAUGUUGUAACAACUGUAUAAUUACGAUACGGAAAUUACAGCUUCCAACAUUCCUAACUUUCUAAUGUUCUGUUUUGCCAUUUAAGCUAUUCUUUAAUUCUCUGUAAGUUUGCUAUAUGGAAAUAACAGUGUGUGCCUUAAUUGAUGUGGUUUUGUAGCCCAAUCCAAUUUUGCACUUGGAGAAUUUUAAAUGUAGGAAAUAUGGUGUUAUAUUGAUAAAAUUGAUAUACCUGAAUUGCUUUGAAAUUAAAACAUGCUACCAA